AUGAAGUGCGAAGAGUGCGAUUCAGACAACGCAAUUUAUUUCUGUGCUGAGUGUGACCAAGGUCUUUGCCCCACCUGUGAUGAAGCUCUCCACAAGGGCGGAAAAAGAAAAUCCCAUAUAAGGCCAAAGAUCUGCAAUUCAUGCCGAAACAUUGCUGUGAUGAGAUGCGAAACCUGCGACAUUUCGGCUUGUGAAAACUGCGAAGUGUCCCAUGUAAACCAUUCCAAAGAGACUUUUGAGUCCCCAAAGCAGCUUGGGGUGUUUUGGGAUUUUGGGUCAUGCAAACCAUCACGUGCUGAAGAUAUAAGACAAGCGCUCAAUGAGAUUUCGCAGAGGGUUGGGGUGCCUAAGUUUGUUAGAACUUAUGGAGAUCCGUGAGGCAGAUGAAAAGAAGCUGCUAUUAAAGAAGGAAUAACUCCAAUUUAUUUUCAAGGGAUUAAGGAUAAUGAAGCUAUUUUGCUUGAUGUGUCUGUGCUAUCAAACAAUGGACUGACACAUGUAUUAGUGAUUACUGCACACAGUUUGCAGAUAAAGCCUCAUUUAAUUCAGCUCAAAAGUAAUGUCCCUGGCAUCGAGUUUAUAAUAUCAAGCCGAAUCCUUCCUUUGCAGCUAGAAACCAUCACCAGUAACGAAUCAGCUCCUAUUAAAUCCAGGAAUAGAGAAGACAAUACCAGAUUUUCCGAAGUCAAAGAAAUCAACCAAAUUGAUGAAAAAAAAACUUUAGCGAUAAACCAGAUUUGGGCUUAUUUAAAAGAAGAAGCCAGCAAGGGAAAUCUGCUUCACGAAGUCCCGGAGCUUAUUGAAAACUUGAGGUCUCGGCUGAAAACUAAUAGUGACUCUAUCAUAAAAUUAGUAAAAACAGCUGAAAAGAAAAAUGUAAUCCGCUUGACCUCACGAGAACUGGGAGACUCCAGCAUAGAAUUUGCCAGCUUAAAAAUCGAGCAGCUUUCGCUUGACUUAUUGCUGUGGACGCUUAGGUCGCUAAAAGCUGACGAAAUGUUGCCGACUGAAAAAGCGAUCCAAUGCCGCAUGAGGGAAGCUUUUGAUUUAAAGCCGACUGUAGCUCAGUGGGACCAUUUAAUUCAACAAGCCAGAGGUCAUUCCCAUUCUUCGUCAGCUCCAGUAGCUUUUAGUCUGUUUUCGCAGCCGAUUUCAAAUGUCCCGAAAUUCAGUAUCAGAGAAAUAGAUGAGCCUUCAAUCGGUGCCAAAACUUUUUUAAUUUGCGGGGAGUUAUAAAAAAUCCCAAAUUAUCAUAAUUUUUUUUCCUUUUUUUUAAUUUUUUAUGGCAAAGCCAAAUAGAAACAGUAACUUUUAUAUGGAGAAAAAAAUUUCCCUUGGGUUUUUCAUUAAAAUCCUUAAUUUACCCAAGCGGCGAAGAGUGGGUGGCCUUAGACCAGCAUUCUAAAUUUGGUGACUAUUUAAAUCUUAAAGAUACUGAAGACUGACGAGAACUCAUGCAAUUUCUUGAGGACUAUUUUACCUCAAAAAAGCACAAAAAAAGCUUGCAGGAUGAAGAAAUCAGGGUAAUUCCAGGUGGAAGGUACGGAUGUGCGCAGUUUGUGAAACUUUGUGGACCAAGUGCUAUGAGAAGCUGCUCUCUUGGAAAAAUUAGCUAUAUGAUACAGAUAGCAAUAAAUGAAGACUUGUUGAGGUACCAAAGGACUUUGUUAGUGUGGACACCAAGCCAUCAGAGGUCAACCUCGAAAAUAGAAAUUCAGAGAAAAAUGCAGGCGAUUGAAAAAGCUAUAUUAGAGUAUAUUAUUUUAUAAAAGAAAUUUAUUUUUUUUGCAUUUUAGUAAUAACAAUAAAUUGACUAUAGAUAGGAAUAUUUAGAAAAACCGCCUCAUGAGAUUUCGCUAGCACAGCUUCCAUUACUGUUGAAAAGGUCGCUAAAGUUUCAGCUGAAUAUAACAGAGCUUGGCUUCGCCAAGCUAAAAGAUUUACUUCUAGCAAUUCCGUCUGUGUCUGUAGAGCUGAGAGGCACAAACCAUCCAUUUGUGGUAUUAAAUGACAUAAAGCUUACUCCCCCUCCGUUAACGAACAAAACCAUUGGAAAAAUCCCGCGAACAAUAAUUGUUUUAAUAUAAAAAUGUUUUAUAAAAAAAAUAUUUUGAUUAUAAGUGAUAAUUAUUAUAAUGAAAUCUCGAACUAACUCUGUUUAAUUUUAAAAAGCUUGAGUUUUAAAACAUAAAUUUUACAAAUUAAUUAAUAUUUACUUCUCAAUUUUAACGAAUUUUUUUAAAUUUUGAAAAAAAAUUACGAUAAAAUUAUAUAUAAAUUUUAAAAAAAAUAAAUUAACCCCUCCGUGAGCGAAAAACAACUUUUUUGUUCGCUCGCAGCAGGGAAAUUAGGCAAAUUUCUAAUUCUCCUCCUUCUGUUGACCAAAUUUUUAUACUUUUUCGCAUAAUUUCCCACAAUUUUUUUUAAAAAAAAAAUAUAUCCCCAUAUUCUAUUAAUAAAGGAAUAGAUCUUAUUUUCCAAUCCCUCAACGAAAACAAAUUUGGCCUUUCUGAAUCAAAACUCGAGCAGCAACUUCUUGAUAGACUUGGGCAGCCUAUUUCAUGAGCAAGCUAUCAAGUCGCUAAUCUCUGCGAAUUUAUCCAAACUUUUGGCAAAAACCAGCUUGAAAUUAUAAAAACCAAAGAAACCUAUAUGAUCUUUAGAUCAGAAAAUCCGCAUUUUGACUAUUUUUAUUCUCCUUUCAGAGACUCAUUUGGCUCAGCUGUUUUAGAACAGACACAAAAUUCUUCGCCUUCUCCUCAUCCACGGCAUGUCUCAUCAGGCUACGAUGACGGUGUAGGAAUUUCCAAUGAUCUCUUUUCACAUAAUCAUAUGCAAAGGAUAGUAAAUAUAUCAAGUCUGCCAAUGCAGAUUGUAAAACCCGUAGAAGAAGACAAAUCCUGAAGCAUUUACGAGGACUAUUUCAACGCUUCUAAUGAUUUGUCGAGUUCUCUACAAGGUCCAGCGUCUCCUCAUCUUAGCAGUGACAGUGUAAAGUUCAACCCGAGUGCGACUAUUUGGAAUGUCCACAACCGCACCUUAAGUGAAGGCUUAAGUCACGACUCUGACUCCAAGCAUUCGAGGCUUCAUUAUUCAGGAUUUGAAAGUUGGGACUUGAGACCUCCUCCAGGGUUCGAAUAA